AAAUGCCGAAAAGGCAACAAGGCUAACCCUUUGAUGAUCGCGUGGGCCCCACAACUGUCCAUAAAUAAUGACCCCAUUGGAGGAGAAAUUGUCAUCUUGGGAUUGUUUCCUUCCUUGCAUAACCUCAUUGUGUCGACAUGGUUUGCCUGGAAAAUCCCUUGGUUCUACAAAUCUGCGAUCUGUAUGAGAAAAUUUCCAGCCUAGAAAGCCUCAAACCUUCCAAAGAUGUCGACAUGCUCUUUACACAGCUUGUGGCCACAUGCAAACCUCCAAACCCUAUUGAUGUCACCACGCUUUGUGUAAGAAUUCAGGAGAUCAGGACCAAUCUGAUUAAGCUAUGUGGAGAAGCUGAAGGAUAUUUAGAGAGUCAUUUCUCCUCAAUUUUGGGUUCCUUUGACAACCCUCUUGACCAUCUUAGUCUUUUUCCUUACUAUGACAACUAUCUCAAUCUUAGCCAGCUUGAAUACAACAUCUUGUCCAAACACUGCCCAAAUUUACCCAAGAAGGUUGCCUUCGUUGGUUCUGGUCCCCUGCCUCUUUCCUCUAUUGUAUUGGCAUCUUUUCAUCUUACCUCAACUUAUUUUCAUAACUAUGACAUUGACCCUUCAGCCAAUUCCAUGGCUUCCAAGUUAGUUUCAUCUGAUCCUGACUUGUCAAAGAGGAUGAAAUUCCAUACAGCAGAUAUAAUGGAUGUCAAGGAAGAGUUAAAGGAGUUUGAUGCUGUGUUCUUGGCAGCUCUAGUGGGGAUGGACAAGGAGGAGAAGAUUAGAGUCAUUGAUCAUUUGGCCAAACAUAUGGCUCCUGGAACAACUCUGAUGGUGAGGAGUGCUCAUGGUGCCAGGGCUUUCCUUUAUCCUAUUGUUGACCCUUGUGAUCUUACAGGGUUUGAGGUUUUAUCUAUCUUUCAUCCAACUGAUGAUGUUAUUAACUCUGUUGUCAUUGCACGCAAGUCUCCAACACUGCAGCCUAUGCACUACCCGCAACAGCCACUUGUUAGCCCUAUGAAACUUCCUCCCAACAACUUUCUUGAGAUCCAGGCUUUCAAUCCUCUCAACCUCGGGAAUCAAUUGGCUAUCGAGAAGCAUCUCACUUGAAGUAUCACUAUUCCUCUUUUUACCCCCUAUCUUAUGCUCUACACAGAUAUUGCAUGCUUUGAAUUGCUUUUCUGUGUGUUUAGUUAUGCUUAUAUUGUACCUCUAUAAUCCUAAGUUUAAAUAAAUCGAAAUCUCAUUU